UAGGUGUUUAAGCUCCCAUUUCAGAAAGCUAAGGCUGUACUUGCUUAUAUGUAGGUUGUCUAGUGACAUCUGAGAUGCCAUAGGGUAUCCAGGGCACCUGGACGGCACUGACACAAGACCGAUGGAAAAUCCAAACCCUUCUGUAGUGUAAUCUGCAGGCAGGAUGUGCAGGGACAUCUCUGGUGGCAUUAGAAGCUCAUGCAGCUGAAUCUCAUCUCUGGUAAAUUAAGCCUGAGGAGUGUGAUGCAGCGGCCACUGAAUAUUUUCUGUGGGGUGAGUUUGAUCAGGUGCCACAGUCUGAUUAGAGCACCAUGAACUGUUAAUAGACAUUUAAAACUGAAUUGCUGAAUUCACUUGUCCACAAUUCUGGGUAUUGUAAGGAAUCCCAGAUAUCCAUGGGGGCUUGGUUAAUGUGACUUGGAAUGUGCAGCAGACCUGUGUUAUCUUAGAACAGCAGCUUGAAGGCACAAGAGGGUAUUCCAGGGCACCUCAAGAGGCAUUCAGCAGUCUGAUGCCUGAACCUACAAAGAAUUCCUAGAGGUCUAGAAUGCUGAAGAGAGCAGCUUUCCUUCUAGUGUCAGUGUCAUAAUUGCCUAGGUACUUAAUUCUGGUUAUCUGUUGGAGAAAGUUGUCUUGGGAUAUUCUUCAAGUGGGGUAUUUCAAUACCCUUAAUCAUUGUCUGGAGGCAGAGUUUUGCUCUCUUGCUGUGGCACCUGAAGAAGUACUCACAAAUACUGAGAGAGGCAAAGCCACAGAAAAGUUCAUUGCUUUGGUGGAUCAAAGGGAGCAGAAAGACACGUGAUGAUCAUGAGGGAAUUAGACAGCCCUGAGAUCACAUGGCACCACAUGUGGGGCCAGCCAGGGAAAUGAGCUGGCAGAGCUGUGUUACCACCAGACUGCAGCACAAUCCUGGUCCCACAGCAUGUCUGCCUGCUCCUUCCCCUCCACCUUCACUGCUGCCUCAUCCAGCCUAAAAAUAUGUAAAUGGGGUAAAAAGAAAAAAGUUUGAAAAGUCACAGUAAACUGAGAAAAUAUGAUAACGGAAAACAUUCAACAGGACAUUGCUGAGACAUUAACAUCAUUCUUUCUCUUUUCUUGUUAGUUUUAUUUUAAAACAAUAAAUAAGUAGCAUAAAAUAUUUCACUUUAAUAAUAGUAAAAAUGCUAUACAAAGGGGGGAAAAUGGCAUUCCUGCUAUAAAAAUGUUAAGGAAUUAAGUAGUGUAUAUUGUAGAAUCCAGAAAUUCAACAACCCUACAGCUUGGAUUUUACCUUAUUUGUUAUAACAAGCAUGUGUACAAAAAAACAUUCCUAAAAUCUAGCACCACUGCAGCAAGAAACUUUUCUCAUCUGUUAGCACUACAACUUACAUGAUUCUAAAUUUAAGGAGAUUAUGAGAAUGUAACAUUUCUAAAAUUAAUUAUGCAAAGCAUUUCCACAGCUUGAGAUUGCGACAAGGAUCCAGUUAAAACUGUUCUUGGUUUGUGAUGGGAAAGAACUGCCUUAUCUAGGUGAUCAGGUCUACUGUAACUUUCAGACCUGUAAGCUGUGGGUAAAGAUAGGUAUGAUGUAGAUACUUAAACAUCAGUUAAGUAUGUUUUCAUUAUUAAAAUGUAUAGUUUAAAGAAACAAACAAAAAAGAAGGAUUAGAAAAUAAUUACUUCUUCUGUGAAUGCCAUCUCACAGAUCAAUAUGUUCAUUUUUUCCCAUAACUUCUGGAAGACCCUUUGUCAUGCCCUAGGGGACGCUAUGAUUGAAAAGAAUUAGAAUCAAACAAAAAAACCAAAAAAAUCCCUACAAAAUGGUUAUUUCAGCUACAGAUCUUCUCAGUAUCUUUUUCUGCUUUCAGUAGAGACUCACUUCCUCCACACAUGAAUUGCUUUUAAUAUAUCACUGAAAAUGUUAAAGAGAAGUAAAGGAAGAUGAAUCUUUGGCUAACCUAAAGAAUCUAUACAUUUAGGGUUUAAGACCUUGACCUGCACGUUAGCUACCUAAAGCAUUAUUUACACGGCAUCAUUCAGGAUGCCUUGCAUCAGCUGCUUCUUCCUAGUCCUGAAGACACUUUAAUAUUUCAGGAAUAUUCAUUUAAGGUUCUUGGAAGUGUCAAGAGCUUCUGUGCAUGACCAGACCUGCCUGCCUCCAGCAUCUCAAACCCUCUCAGUUUAUGACAGAUCAUGUGGAAAACCAAGAGCAUCCUUCUGUUUAAUUACUUGUAGGGGCUUCAUUUACAAAGAAACAUGAGUUAAAAAUACACAUUUUUGGAAGAAAAUAAGCCCCCAGUAAUAGCAGAGUUUGCCUAAGCAUGACAAGGAUUCCUAAGUAUUAGACAACUCAGCUGGAAGAUGAGAACUGGAUAACCCCCAGUGAAGGGGCUCGACUCCCUCUUGGAGAGGUGCCUCUCAGAGGCAGGUAGCCAGCGUUUAGACAUUUGUUACCUUCAGAGCAUGUCUGGAUUAGAAAUGCCUGGAGAAUAUAAUUCCACACAACCUGUGAAAUACUCCCAGUGUCUUAACCAAGCUUAAGGCAAGGUAAAACAAGCUCAAGAGUUGCUAAGGACUAAAAGCCACAGCUACAAAUGAAAGAAGAAGCAUCACCAGGAACGAAACCAUCUCUAUUAUGCUGAGUCCACUACAUAUUUGCUUCAUUAAAUGAAGCACUUAGGGAAGUCCCUGAAACAAGAGUUUCCUAGAAGUCUUUAAUUAUUCCGAAAGCUUCAGACUUGCUGAAGGGAAGGACACAUUUUGUGUGGUGCUCUUUUAGCCACUUACCUGAUUUGAGUUUCUACAGUGACCAGCAGCGAAGGAAAAAUAUUAGAUCAUGUCGGAGUUCUGGCUAAUUUCUGCCCCAGGAGACAAAACAAAUCUGCAGGCAUGGGAGAGAAUGAACACUGUGACAUCUAAAUCAAACUUGUCCAGCAAUAGUAAAUUCCAUAUUCCAGACUUAAAGGUGGGGACACUGGAUGCUCUUGUUGGUCUGUCAGAUGAGUUGGGAAAACUUGAUACCUUUGCUGAAAGUGUAAUAAAGAAAAUAGCCCAGUACAUAGGAGAAGUUAUGGAGGACUCAAAAGACAAAGUCCAGGAAAAUCUUCUGGCCAAUGGAGUUGACCUCAUUAGCUACCUGACACGGUUUGAGUGGGACAUGGCCAAAUACCCCAUAAAGCAGCCACUGAAGAAUAUAUCAGAAGCAUUAUCAAAGCAAGUGACUCAAAUAGAAGCAGACCUGAAGACUCGAUCAGCUGCGUACAACAACAUUAAAGGAAAUUUGCAAAGCCUGGAGAAGAAAACGAUGGGAAAUCUUCUGACCCGGACCCUGGCAGACAUUGUGCACAAAGAAGACUUUGUUCUCAACUCUGAGUAUCUUAUCACGCUGCUCGUCGUGGUGCCAAAGUCAAGCUAUGUACAGUGGCAGAAGACCUAUGAAUCACUCUCAGAUAUGGUAGUACCUCGCUCCACCAAAAUGAUUGCUGAGGAUGCAGAGGGAGGACUCUUCACUGUGACCCUAUUUAGAAAAGUGAUGGAUGACUUUAAGGCUAAAGCCAGGGAGAACAGGUUCAUGGUUCGAGAAUUUUAUUAUGAUGAGAAGGAACUGAAAUGUGAAAAGGAAGAGCUGAUGAAAUUAGCUUCUGACAAGAAGCAACAAUAUGGCCCCUUACUGCGCUGGCUGAAGGUGAACUUCAGUGAAGCAUUUGUGGCUUGGAUUCACGUGAAAGCCUUGAGAGUUUUUGUUGAAUCUGUCCUCAGGUAUGGCCUCCCUGUGAAUUUCCAAGCAAUGCUGCUGCAGCCAAACAGGAAGUCUGUGAAGCGCCUGAGAGACGUCCUGAACGUGGUCUUCAAACACCUGGAUGAAGUUGCAGCAGCAAGUAUAAUGGAUCCUGGCGUGGACAUCCCUGGGUUACAACUGAACAAUCAAGAAUACUAUCCUUAUGUCUAUUUCAAGAUUGACCUCAGUCUUCUUGACUGCAGUUAAAGAAGAAUUGCUCAAGCUUCAUCUAUUAAGUUUCAAGACUGUCAUGUUACUGUAAAACAAUCUUUAGCUGCUGAAAGUCAAAUUAAAAUGCAACUACUGUAGCAGGAUGAGCUUCCUACCACUUCUAGUAAUUUUUAGUGACUACAGUAAAAGUUAUCUCUUAUUCAUAGUUUUACAAAAACAUAUUUCAGAGGCAGAGGUACUAUGGUAGUAUUUAUUUUUUGGUAAAUUACAAAGAUGGAAUAUCUACUGGACUUGAAAUAAAACAAAUUAAAAAGUAUGGUGGCUAACGGAUCUACUAGGUGUAUACAGUCCUCUUUUUCUAACAAAGCAAACUUAAAAAAAUCCAAACA